AUGGCGUUCUGGCCUCCACUGCUGGCGGAUUUAGUAGUGGUGUCCGGGUCCUGCAUCGCGGGUACAGUUAUAUUCUUCGUGGCUGUUCGGAUCACGAGCUUCAUCAACCGCGCUAUGUCAGAGGCGCUCUGUGGUCAUGCGGCUGCGUUCUUAUUCAUGAGCUCGACACAGUUCCACGCGGCGGCACCAUCGAUGUCGAGCACCGGCACCAACCAUUCGACCCUGAUCACCACCAUGAGGUCAAGAAGCAAACAUCUGAUGUCAAGCGGCGUACCCGGAGCUGUGGCAGGCGUGGUCAUACCCUUCUUAAACCGUCUGCGGUCAUGCAUGUUUCACCCGGGACGGACCAAGAAAUCACACCCGCAAUCACGUCCCCGUCAGCAACACAAGGAGGAGCAGCAGGAGGCCAUCAACAGCCUUAGCAGUGAUCUAGAGGACUACGAGGUCGUGACCUGCACGGCCAAGUCUGAGAGAGUUGCCGAGAAGAUCAUCAACCACAAAGUCAGCUCAGUUGGUACGAACAAGUCGAGGGUAUUGCCGACGCUAUGUUAGCAUGAGAGAGAACAACGAGCGUCGGGUACAUAGUUUCUGAAUUUGCAAUCAAUGUGCUCCUU